AUUUCGUUUAAUAACCGUCAGGUAGAGCGACGAUAGUCAUGUCAUGGCUUUUCUUUCCGAGCGUGUUCGUUCUCUUCCCGUCAAGCCAAUUUAUAGUGUGUUUGAAGGCGGUACUAAACUAGAGGCACAAGCAAUUACUAUUGCAACUGCUGCUACUUUAUAUCAUCGAUUUUUUCAACAAUGUAGUCCUGAAGAUUAUGAUCCAUAUCUAAUUGCUGCUACAUCUUUAUAUCUUGCUGGCAAAGUGGAAGAGGAUCAUUUGAAAAUUCGUGAUAUAAUAAAUAUAUUUUAUAAAAUAGUUCAUAAAAAUUCAGAGCCUUUAUCUCUUGGAGAUGAAUAUUGGAAUCUUCGUGACAGCAUUGUAAACUGUGAAUUACUUAUGCUUCGUAUAUUACGUUUCAAAGUAUCAGUAAAUCAUCCUCAUCGAUAUCUUCUUCAUUAUUUAAGGUCAGUAAUGGAUUGGUUGAGUCCAGAAAUUAUAAGAAAAGUUCCACUUUCAAGAACUUGCUGGUCAAUGCUUUGUGAUCAUUAUCUUAAUCCUGUCUGCCUUAAACAUAAACCACAACAUGUAGCUGUUGCUAUUAUAAAUUUAACAUUACAGUGUUAUGCAGUUAAUGUUCCUUACAAUAGAGAUGUAAUAAGUAAUUGGUAUGAGUGUUUCUGUGAUGAUCUUAGUAAUGACCAGUUAUGGGAUAUAAUGGAAGACAUAAUGGAUGUUUAUGAAGAAGAAUCUUAAAAGAAUGCAGUAUUUAUUGACAAUAAUUUGUAAAAUUUUCAUAUAUCAUAUUAAGAUUAAAUUAUGUACAUAAUUUUACUUUAUUUAAAUGACAUCAAUUCUAAAACAGUAUUUGUACAUGAACAAUAAUAAAUUGUAUAUUCUGUAUU